ACUGGCCGCAAACUCCUUCGUGGCUCCCUCUGAAAAUAAUCUCCCCUCGUUUUCUCUCUCUACUACCUUACCUCAAUUGAGUUUCCAGACCCUUUUGUUCGCUCCUCUUAUCACUUGGAAAAAGGUGAACCCUCGUGUUGUUUUUAGUUUAAUCUUUGCUUUAAUUGUAGUUUUUACCCUUGUGGUCCCUGAUGGCUUCGCACAGUGAUACUCUGGUGGUGUUCUUUGGGGCAACAGCUGGUGCAAAUGGGGGUAAACUGGGUUCGGAUGAGAGGGAAAUAAUUCUCUUGGUGUGGCAAAUUGUGGACCUACGUGAGAAAAAGGUGGGCAAGCUUCACAGAUGUCUUGUCAAGCCAGACACUUUGGAGCUUCCAGAUCAAUGCAAAGAAGAGACUGGCCUCUGUUUGGACGAUCUUGUCAAUGCCGAGCCCUUGGAUAAAGUUCUGCAACAGUUUCAGCAGUCUGUGACAUCGGAAUUGGAGUGUCUUGACAGAAGCUCUUAUACACUUUGUGUCAACAGUCCCCUUGUCAUCCGACAGGCCCUCCACCCCGAGGCUUCUAAUAAGAAUCUCGUCCUUCCAGAGUGUUUCUUUUCAUUUGUGGACUUGAGAAAAGAGUUUGAAAAAUGUUGUCCCAGUGCCGGCCCUGCGAUCAAGCUGGAUCUCCCCUCCAUGUUAGAACAUUUGGGUCUAGCUGCAGUAUCAGAGCAGCUGAUGGGAGUGAGGGAAGUGAGGAGCAUGGCAGAGCUGAUCCUCCACAUCCUGGCUGAGCCUUACAAUCACAGUUUUACCUGCAUUGAGACGGUGAAAUACAAAUUUGAUUCUGGCACAUGCAGUAAGACAGAGCAAGUUGACAAUGAGACGGUCAUCAGGGCACGAGGACUUCCGUGGCAGUCUUCAGACCAAGACAUUGCUCGCUUCUUCAAAGGCCUUAACAUAGCCAAAGGGGGUGUGGCCUUAUGCCUCAAUGCUCAGGGCAGGAGGAAUGGUGAGGCCUUGGUUCGCUUCAUCAACUCUGAACACAGAGACCUGGCACUGCAGCGCCACAAGCACCACAUGGGCAGCCGCUACAUCGAGGUCUACAAGGCCACAGCAGAAGAAUUCCUGAAGAUUGCUGGAGGCACUUCUAACGAGGUUACACAGUUCCUGUCCAAAGAGAACCAGGUGAUUGUCCGCAUGCGGGGGCUGCCAUUCAAUGCGACAACGCAAGAAGUCCUGGACUUCCUUGGUCCCGAUAGCCCUGUCACUGAUGGUGCAGAGGGGCUACUUUUUGUGAAAUACCCAGACGGGCGACCCACAGGUGACGCCUUUGUGCUAUUCUCCUGUGAUGAGUACGCUCAGAAUGCCAUGAAGAAGCACAGGCAGAUUCUGGGCAAGCGCUACAUUGAGCUCUUUCGCAGCACUGCGGCAGAGGUGCAACAGGUCCUGACUCGGUACCUUUCCACUCCUCUGAUAUCCACCCUGCCGACCUCCUCCAUCGUCCCCGUCCUCGCCACACCUCCCUUCCUCCCGACGGCCAGCAGCACUCGCGACUGCAUCCGCCUCCGUGGCUUGCCUUACACGUCCGGCAUCGAAGACAUCCUAGAGUUCAUGGGUGAACAUACUGUGGACAUCAAACCUCACGGAGUCCACAUGGUCCUCAACCAGCAGGGCCGACCCUCGGGUGAUGCCUUCAUCCAGAUGAAGUUCCCUGAGAAGGCCUUUUUAGUAUCCCAGAAGUGCCACAAGAAGACUAUGAAGGAUCGCUACGUGGAAGUGUUCCAGUGCUCCACAGAGGAGAUGAGCAUCGUCCUUAUGGGAGGAACAUUAAACCGUAGUGGCCUCUCGCCACCACCUUGCAAACUCCCCUGUUUAUCUCCCCCUGCUGCCUAUGCUUUCCCCACUUCACCUGCCAUCUUGUCAGACCCCGGCCUCUACCAGCCCCCCCUGUUGGCCGCUCCCAGACAUCACCAGGCCACGCACAGCCCGGCCCUGGCGUAUUACCACCCCCAGCCUCACCUUUACAUGAACAUGAACUACACAGCUUACUAUCCAAGCCCCCCAGUAUCCCCCUCUACAGUGAGCUACUUCACAGCCCCGCCGUCAAUGGCGGCAGCAGUGGCAGGCCAGCCCCAUCAUGCCGCUGCGGCCGCAGCCGCCUCUGCCCCGGUGCUUCCCCAACCUGGAGCACUGGUGCGGAUGCAAGGCCUUCCCUACAACACUGGCGUCAAGGACAUCCUCAGUUUUUUCCAGGGAUACCAGCUCCAGCCGGACGCCGUCCUCAUCCUGUACAACUACAGCGGCCAGUGCAGCGGCGAGGCCUUGGUUACCUUCCCCAGCGUGGAGGCGGCGCGCCGGGCCGUGGCAGAGCGCUCCGGUCAGGCCUUCUACGGCGAGCGGCUUCACUUGACCUUCUGCAACUGACCGGCUGACACCAAAGAUUUUUUUUGACCACCACGCCUUCAGGGAUGCGUCCAUCCCAAACAUUUGACCGCACUUGAACCACCUUACCCUUUUUUUUGUCCAACUCUAAAAGCCUUAAGUGCCAGCAUUUGUCAAAUGGCAGCCAAAAGCCAUUAAAAAAUAUUUGAACGAAAACUAGAGGGAAUUUUUGAAACCACACUUGGAUAUUGUAUUGUUUAACAAACAUAUUAACUUUUGUGUUCAACAGCUCCAAAGAAAAAUGUUUGAAGCCAGACAGUGUCUUACAUAAGUGAACCUUGUGCAACUUUUUGACUUCCUGUGUCAGAACUACUGACUUUAGUUGUUGUUGCCGAAAAUGUGCCAACAUUACCCAGAGUUCAACACUGGCCCUUCUACUGUUAACCCUCCAAUAGUUGAGGAGAUGCAUAUAAAUUUUUUUGUUUGUAUGUUUGCUAUACUGCUAAAUAUAUAUAUAUAUAUAUUAGAAUUGUGAAUAAGAAUGUAAACAAUAAAAAUGUUAAUGAUUUUUGUGUGCAAUUUCUUUUUCGUGCUUGUGUUAGGGAUGCCCUGAUCAUGUUUUUGCAUACGAGUCAGAGUCACCUGAUUUUGAGGAUCUGCUGAUAACUGAAUACUGAUCAGAUACCUUGGAAAUUCAGGGGGGGGGAUUCAAAUGCUAUCCCAAAAUUAUAGCCAUGUAAACGGGAUUUUGGUGCAGCAGUUGUUUCAACGAAGCGAAAAAAAAAUUGGCAAAUCCCCCAAUUUCCUUUGUACAAAAUAACAUUCCAAACAAAAUACAGUAUAUAUAUAUUUUUUAUAUACUAGUCCAGGGUUCACAAAAUCCGGACCUCAGUGCCACUUUUCCUGUCGUGUUUUCCACGUCUCUCUCCCCUAACACCUGAAUCCAAUAAUUAGGUCAUCAGCAACCUCUCCAGAAGCCUG